AUGACCAUCCAGCACGAGCCCGAAACCUUCCUCUUCACCUCUGAAUCCGUCGGUGAAGGCCACCCGGACAAGAUCUGCGACCAGAUCGCGGACGCGAUCCUCGACGAGUGCCUGCGGCAUGACCCGCUGAGCAAGGUCGCCAUCGAGGUUGCCGUCCGUCCUGGGCUGGUCAUUGUCUUUGGCGUUGUAGACUCGCUUGCCUGUUUGGACGUGGAUGGUAUUGUCCGCGAGGUGCUGCGGGACAUCGGGUAUGAUAGUCCGGACCAGGAGCUGGAUUAUCGGACGUGCGAUGUUAUGGAUUACGUGGAGGUGAGAAGCGUAAAGAAAUUGCCCAAUAGCAAUGGCAAUGGAAAUGGAAAUGGAGCCCUAGUCUCGGGCUCGUUUCCCAGUCGAGCUGAGAAGGAGGUUGCGGGGGAUCAGGGUAUGGUCUUCGGAUACGCCACGGACGAAACACCCCAGUUACUGCCCCUAACAAUCGACCUGGCCCACCGCAUCUCCCGCGCCCUCAAAGCCGCCUGUAUCGAGGGUACACUCCCCUGGCUGCGCCCGGAUACCAAAGUCCAGGUGACGGCCGAGUACAAGCAAGAGGGCGGACACAUCGCGCCGCUUAGGGUUCACACCGUCGUCGUUACGGCGCAGCAUACGCCCGACGUAACUGUCGACGAGCUCCGCGGCGCGAUUCGAGAGAUGGUGGUGCUCAAGUCGAUUCCGGCGAUGUACCUCGAUGCCAGGACCGUUUACCAUAUCCAACCCACCGGCGACGUCGGCGUCACACCCUCAGGCAAAUUCGCCGGCGUAACGGGGCGCAAGAUCGUCGUUGAUACAUACGGCGGCUGGGGCGCCCACGGGGGUGGCGCGUUCUCGGGGAAGGAUUUCCGCCAGGUCGACCGCUCCGCAGCCUACAUGGCCCGCUGGAUCGCAAAGUCCCUCGUGCACGCUGGCCUGGCACAGCGCUGUCUCAUCCAGCUCUCGUACUCAUCAGGCAUCGCGGAGCCACUGAGUAUAUUCAUCGACACGUUCGGGACUAGCCAGGUUAGCGUGGAGCGGCUGAAGCAGAUUGUGCGGAUGAACUUUGAUCUGCGGCCUGCGGGAAUUGCGAUGGAGUUAGGGCUCAUGAGCCCGAUUUACUAUGCGACGGCAAAGAAUGGGCAUUUUACGAGUGGUCUCUUCCCCUGGGAGAGGGUGAGGGAGUUGGUGCUGUAA